GCUGAAUUGAUCACUAGCCCAUUAGCCGACAGAGUUAAAAAAUGCUGGGCGACAAGAGGCAAAUUAUCAUUCAACGCGCUUUUUGAUAUCACACACUGGCUGAAUUCUGAAAAUAUGAAUUAUUUCCCUCUUCAUCCAUCUAUGCAUCCAUCUUCCUCCCCUUUCCUCCCCUAGGGGCCGCUGGACGGGGAGAGACGAGGCCGAGGAGCGCACUUGUCGAAAGAGAGAAAGAGGACGGGUAGGACACUGGGAUUUUCAGUGAGCGAAACAGUCUGCGGGGCUGGGAUGGUGAGAUACUUUGACGGUUUUAUACAAUGUGCUCAACCGGGUGAAGAAGAACAUGAGUGACUGUGAGACACGGGAGAGGUGGCUGUCCGCCACUCGGCUUUGAUGAUGCACUCCGUGUCCGUAUGCCCCCUCCUCGGCUUAGAACACGUAUGGAUGCCCGUGCAGGUGAUGGAAAGAAGAUGAUGAUUGUGGCGAGGGGAAUACCGUCUAAUGUAUAAGAGAAUUACUCUACCAUUACCAUAACUCCGACGUUUGAGGACGAAUUACCAACGACUGUGUGUAUCGAAGAUGGUUUACUAUAAAUAAGGAUCAUCAACAAAUGUCACAUUUUUCCUGGUGUCGAGAUGCUCGGUUGUCAGUGCGCGCAUGUAAAACGAGUGUGAGGUGGCGGGAGACCGAUUAUAGCCACACUGUACCAAACAUUGCGGAUGUUACUAAAUAAAUAAAUAAUAUAGGGUUUUUUCCCCCCUCUUCUGCCUUUUUAGUCUUGGAAACGUAAAUCGGCAACUACGAGCAACAUGUCCUGUUAAUCGGGGAUAGAUUAGUUUUUAUUAUUAUUAUUAUUAUUUAGUUGGACUGCUUGAUUUAUUUCGGUCUACACUUGUGAGUGUUGCUGGCAAUGCAGAAGUCAUGACAGUUUAACAUGACAGAAUUGAAUCGUCAAGAAAAGCACAAGAGCCUUCGGACAAGGCUAUCACGCGCACUGGAGAUGAUAAAGAAGGGGGAGUCAUGGAAAACAUAAACCAUUCAUUUGAACUCAUUCUGGAAUGUGCCCAAUGUGAUAUUGGCUUUGUUGCUAAUUUUGUGGACAUUAUAACGCAAUAGAGAGACAUUCUGAAAACCUGUGCUCUGUGAAUUAUAGCCUGCUAGGCAACCGCACGUUUAAUUUUUUCCACACCGCACUUGGUCAUUAAACGCAAAGCACAGCGAAGAAGCCGAUACAUGGGCGUCUUCAUUUUCUAAUUUAAAGGCCGCAUCGCUUUCUCCGUGCAGGUGUUGAAGAUUUAGGAAACAGUUGUGCAUAUGAAAAGUCCUCAGGCAGAUGGGAUGUAAUGUUGUGUGGUUGCGCUGAGCAUUCGCCUCCUUUUCCGCUGCUUUGUAAAGAUUGGCAUUUGGUGUCCAGAGAAUGCGAGACGAGGUGCCGUCCAGGUAUGGUGGAGGGCCCGGCGCAGGGGGCCGCGGUGGCAGCAGACAGGGCGGCCCUCAUGGACAUGGACACGGAGCCCCCGGAGCUCCCGGAGGGCCCGGAGGCCAAAGGAUGUACAAACAGUCUAUGGCGCAGAGAGCCCGGACUAUGGCCCUCUACAACCCUAUCCCGGUGCGCCAGAACUGCUUCACUGUCAACCGCUCUCUUUUCAUAUUCAGCGAGGACAAUUUCGUGAGAAAAUACGCCAAAAAGAUCACCGAAUGGCCUCCUUUUGAGUGGAUGAUCCUGGCCACCAUCAUCGCCAACUGCAUCGUCCUGGCUCUGGAGCAGCACCUCCCAGAUGGAGAUAAGACCCCCCUGUCCGAACGCCUGGAUGACACAGAACCCUACUUCAUUGGGAUCUUCUGUUUUGAGUCGGGUAUCAAGAUCCUGGCUCUGGGCUUCGCCUUCCACAAGAACUCCUACUUGAGGAACGGAUGGAACGUCAUGGAUUUCGUAGUUGUACUCACAGGGAUCCUGUCUACGAUAGGGUCAGACUUUGACCUGCGAACCCUCAGAGCAGUCCGUGUGCUGAGACCCCUUAAACUGGUGUCUGGGAUUCCCAGCCUCCAGGUGGUGCUCAAGUCAAUCAUGAAGGCUAUGAUCCCCCUGCUGCAGAUCGGCCUGCUGCUCUUCUUCGCCAUCCUCAUGUUUGCUAUCAUAGGCCUGGAGUUCUACAUGGGCAAAUUCCACACCACCUGCUUUGACAGUUAUACAGGUGAGAUCCGGGAGGAGUUCCCAUGCGGGACGGAGGCCCCGGCGAGGCUGUGUCCGAAUGGGACGACGUGUCGACAGUACUGGUUAGGGCCCAACUACGGCAUCACGCAGUUUGACAACAUCCUGUUUGCCGUGCUCACCGUGUUCCAGUGCAUCACCAUGGAGGGCUGGACCGACCUGCUCUACUACAGCAAUGAUGCCUCAGGGAGCUCGUGGAACUGGAUGUACUUCAUCCCUCUCAUCAUCAUCGGCUCCUUCUUCAUGCUCAACCUGGUGCUGGGUGUCCUCUCAGGGGAGUUUGCCAAAGAGAGAGAGCGUGUAGAGAACAGGAGUGAGUUUCUGAAACUUCGGAGACAGCAGCAGAUAGAGAGAGAGCUCAAUGGAUACCUGGAGUGGAUCUGCAAAGCAGAAGAGGUCAUCUUGGCAGAUGAUGACAAUGAUGGUGAUGAUCGGAUGCCCUUUGAUGGCUCCCGUAGGAGACCCACCAUGAAGAACCACAAGAACAAAACUGAGCUACUGAACCCAGAGGAAGGGGAGGGAGACUUGGCCGUGGGCUCACCCUUUGCCAGGGCCAGCCUGAAGAGCUCCAAGCUGGAGGGCUCCGACUUCCACAAGCGGGAGCGUCGUCUGCGCUUCUUCAUCCGCCACAUCGUGAAGACCCAGGCCUUCUACUGGACCGUGCUGUGUCUGGUGGGCCUCAACACCCUGUGCGUGGCCGUGGUACACUACGACCAACCCGAGCCCCUCUCUGACUUCCUCUACUUUGCUGAGUUCAUAUUCUUGGGUAUCUUCAUGUCGGAGAUGUGUGUAAAGAUGUAUGGACUGGGCAAGCAGGCUUACCUUAACUCGUCCUUCAACUGCUUUGACUGCAUUGUGAUCUGUGGCAGCAUAUUUGAGGUGCUCUGGUCCAUCAUCCAGCCAGGAACCUCCUUUGGCAUUAGUGUGCUGCGAGCUCUUAGGUUACUGAGAAUCUUCAAAGUCACCAAGUACUGGGCCUCUCUGAGAAACCUGGUGGUGUCUCUGCUCAACUCCAUGAAGUCCAUCAUCAGCUUGCUGUUCCUGCUCUUCCUCUUCAUUGUGGUCUUCGCCCUGCUUGGCAUGCAGCUCUUCGGGGGACAGUUUAAUUUUGAAGCUGGAACUCCUCCGACAAACUUUGAUACCUUCCCUGCAGCAAUAAUGACAGUGUUUCAGAUCCUGACGGGAGAGGACUGGAACAUGGUGAUGUACGACGGGAUCGAGUCUCAGGGAGGGGUCAACAAGGGCAUGGUCUUCUCCAUCUUCUUCAUCGUGCUCACACUCUUCGGCAACUACACACUGCUAAAUGUGUUCUUGGCCAUCGCUGUGGACAAUCUGGCCAACGCACAGGAACUGACCAAGGACGAGCAGGAUGAGGAGAAGGCUGCGAGUAAGAAGAUCGCCCUGCAAAAGGCCAAGGAGGUGGCUGAAGUCAGCCCUCUGUCUGCUGCCAACCUCACUAUCGCAGCUAAGGAACAGCAGAAGAACCACAGGGGGAGCAACAAGUCGGUGUGGGAGCAGCGCACCAAAGAGCUGAGGAAACAGACUCUGGUCACCAGCCGUGAGGCCCUCUUCAACGAGCUGGACCCCGAGGAUAGCUGGAAGGAAAGGAUGGGGAACGAGGGCGAGGCGGAUGGGGUAAACUUCUCCCGCAACGUCCGUCCAGACAUGAAAACCCAUCUGGACCGCCCCCUGGUGGUAGACCCCCACGAGAACCGCAACAACAACACCAACAAGACCACAGCUACCAACCCCCCAGGCACUGGAACCCCUGGCACCACCCCGGAGGCCGAGCCCUGCCUCACCCAGCAGCCCACUGACGAGAUCCUCCGCAAGGACGCACAGCUCCACGACAGAGGGCGCGGACGGGGUCCAGGGUCCAGGAGGGCACCCUUGGAGCGCGGUGAAUCCACCGAGAGCCGGCGGAGCCGCAAGGAGACGGAGAACCAUCACCACAACCAUAGCCGCCAGCAUCACCACACAUCCCACACCCGUCUGGAUGCCCCCGUGCCCGGGCAGGCUUCCUCUGAGGACAGGCCCCCCGCCCGGAGGCACCACCACACCCGCGGGGGUAGUGGGGGAGGUCAGGGGGGGGGCCUUCGGAGCACCGGAGGCCCAGGCCACACCGGCGCGUGGCUGAGGAUGAGGAGGGGGGGGGGAGGAGGAGGGGGGAGGCACAGGAAGAAGGAGGGGGAGGAAGGGGAGCAGGAGGGCGGCGAAGCAGAGAGGAGGCCGAGGCGUCACCGCCACGGCAACCAGUCGGAGGGGGAGGGGAAGAAGGAGAGGACACGACAGCAUCGGAGGAGGGAUGGCCCCAACCUCUCCACCACCCGACCAAUCCAAAAGAGCCUCCCCAGACAAGACAGCCAAUACAGCGAGGACAUGGAUAACGUGAUGAACAGUAAACUAGCCACCAGCUCCCCCUCGCAACAGGGCACCCAAGACCACCCUAUCCCUGCCAGCAACCAUACUCCAGCCCCAGGCUUCGGUUCAGGCCUCCAUAUGACUAAGAGCAGCACCCAAGGAGGCCUAGUGCCUGCUGAUAGCUAUGGCAAUGUCAGCCAUUUUGGUAAUAGGACUCGGCUACCACACCCAGACUACACAGCGCUGGACAUGCCCAUGUACCCCUCCAGCAAUGCAAUUCUACAGGUCAAUAAGAAUGCCAACACAGAGCCCCUGCCCAAGAAGGAGGAUAUGGAUGAUGAUGAGGAUGAGAAGGGCAAAGAUGGUGGACGCAAACCCAUGCCUCCCUACAGCUCUAUGUUCAUUCUGUCUACAACGAACCCGUUCCGACGAUUGUGCCGCCACUACAUUUGCCGUGGGAGCUACUUUGAGUACAUUCUGCUGGUUAUCGCUUUGAGCAGCGUCGCUUUAGCUGCAGAGGACCCUGUGUGGCCUGAGUCCCCUCGCAACAACGUGCUGCGUUAUUUUGACUAUGUGUUCACAGGAGUGUUCACCUUUGAAAUGUUAAUUAAGAUGGUGGACCUUGGUCUGGUUCUGCAUCAGGGAUCCUAUUUCCGUGACUUGUGGAACAUCCUGGACUUUAUAGUGGUUAGUGGUGCUCUGGUGGCCUUCGCCUUCACGGGGAGCAGUAAAGGGAAAGACAUCAGCACCAUCAAGUCCCUCAGAGUUCUAAGAGUGUUGAGACCUCUGAAAACCAUCAAGCGUCUUCCCAAGCUUAAGGCGGUGUUUGACUGCGUUGUCAACUCGCUGAAGAACGUGUUGAACAUCCUCAUUGUCUACAUGCUGUUCAUGUUCAUCUUCGCCGUGGUGGCUGUGCAGCUCUUCAAAGGCCGAUUUUUCUACUGCACCGACGAGUCCAAAGAGUUUGAGCGCGAUUGCAGGGGAGAGUAUCUGGUGUAUGAACGCGAUAACGAAGUGAAGGCGCAGAAGCGGGAGUGGAAGAAGUACGAUUUCCACUACGACAACGUGCUUUGGGCCCUGCUCACCCUCUUCACCGUGUCUACCGGAGAGGGGUGGCCGCAGGUGCUGAAACAUUCAGUGGAUGCGACUUAUGAGAAUCAGGGCCCGAGCCCGGGGUACCGGAUGGAGAUGUCCAUCUUCUACGUGGUGUACUUCGUGGUCUUCCCCUUCUUCUUCGUCAACAUCUUCGUGGCUCUCAUCAUCAUCACCUUCCAAGAACAGGGAGACAAGAUGAUGGAGGACUACAGUCUCGAAAAGAACGAGAGAGCCUGUAUAGACUUUGCAAUCAACGCCAGACCCCUGACGCGACACAUGCCUCAGAACAAGCAGAGCUUCCAGUACCGCAUGUGGGAGUUUGUGGUGUCGCCACCGUUUGAGUAUACUAUUAUGGCCAUGAUCGCGCUCAAUACCAUUGUACUGAUGAUGAAGUACGACGGAGCUUCACCAGCCUAUGAAGCUGUCCUGGCCAACUUGAACAUAGUUUUCACUUCGCUGUUCUCCAUGGAGUGUGUGCUGAAGAUCAUUGCCUUUGGAGUGCUGAAUUACUUCAAAGAUGCUUGGAACAUUUUUGACUGUGUGACAGUUUUGGGCAGCAUCACAGACAUUCUAGUCACUGAGCUCGGGAACAACUUCAUAAACUUGAGCUUCCUGAGGCUCUUCAGGGCAGCCCGUCUCAUCAAGCUGCUCCGGCAGGGAGAGACCAUCCGUAUCCUGCUCUGGACCUUCGUCCAGUCCUUCAAGGCGCUGCCCUAUGUGUGUCUACUAAUCGCCAUGCUGUUCUUCAUCUACGCCAUCAUCGGAAUGCAGCUCUUUGGGAACAUAGGUAUAGACGAGGAAGCAGAAAGUGCCAUCAACCAACACAACAACUUCAGGACCUUCUUCAAUGCUCUCCUGCUACUCUUCAGGAGUGCGACAGGAGAGGCAUGGCACGACAUCAUGUUGUCGUGCCUGGGCGGCAAGGUGUGCGACCCUCUCUCUGGAAACACCCUGGCAGAGUGCGGCAGUCAGUUUGCCUACCUCUACUUUGUCUCCUUCAUCUUCUUCUGCUCCUUCCUGAUGCUGAACCUGUUUGUGGCUGUCAUCAUGGACAACUUUGAGUACCUGACCCGGGACUCCUCCAUCCUGGGUCCCCAUCACCUGGACGAGUACGUCAGGAUCUGGGCCGAGUAUGACCCUGCAGCUUGCGGGCGCAUUCAUUAUAAGGACAUGUACAGUUUAUUACGAGUUAUCGACCCUCCUCUUGGCUUAGGCAAGAAAUGCCCUCAUAGGGUGGCCUGCAAGAGGCUACUGCGCAUGGACCUCCCCGUUGCCGAUGACAACUCGGUCCACUUCAACUCCACCCUCAUGGCGCUGAUCCGCACGGCCCUGGACAUCAAGAUCGCCAAGGGUGGUGUAGACAAACACCAGAUGGACGCGGAGCUGAGGAAGGAGAUGAUGGCGAUCUGGCCCAACCUCUCCCAGAAGACUCUGGACCUGCUGGUCACACCACACAAGUCGACAGACCUGACGGUGGGGAAGAUCUACGCUGCCAUGAUGAUUAUGGAGUACUACCGCCAGAGCAAGGCCAAGCGCUCGCAGGCGCUACGCGAGGAGCAGAAUCGAACGCCAUUACUGUUUCAGCGCGUGGAGCCUCCCUCCCCCACUCCUGACGGGGGUCCAGGCCUCAACAGCCUACCGCCUUCCCAGUCGUCAGACCCCGUCAACAGCCUGCCGGUGGAGGGGGGGGUCCCAGAGAGCCAGUCAUGGGUGACAGCCCGGGCCCAGGAGAUGUCCCAGAAAGCUGGCAGCUGGAGCCCAGAGGGGACACCAGAGGACCACCUGGACAACAGACACAACUCACAGACGGUAGAGAUGAGAGAGAUGGGGCGGGACGGUUACUCGGAUACCGAGCACUAUCAGCCAAUGGAAGGCCACGGGAGGGCCACUUCCAUGCCCCGCCUCCCAGGCGACAACCAACAGCGGAGGAAAGGGAGGCAACGUGGAAAUAACCUCAGUACCAUCACAGACAACUGUCCCAUGAAACGCUCCGCCUCCUCCCUGGGCCACGGCAGGUCUGGGAGGGGCCAGAGGGACAGGGGCGAGUCUGAUGACUAUGUUAUGGAGCGGGUCAUCCCAGAGGAGGGCGGAGCCCCGAGACAUGGACACCAUCGACGGGACCGGAGUCACCGAGCUUCCGAGAGGUCCCUCAGUCGGUAUACUGACGCAGACACAGGGCUGGGCACAGACCUGAGCACGACCACACAGUCAGGUGACCUACCGCCCAAAGAGAAGGACCGUGACCGCGACAGGGGUCGGCCCAAAGACCGCAAACACCACCACCAUCACCACCACCACCACGGUUCUAUUGACAAGGAGAGAUACGUGCCCGAGCGCGAGCGUGGCGAGUACAGUCACAGACAUUCCCGAGACAGAGACCAUGAGCGGGACCGGGAGCGCCGCUGGUCACGGUCUCCCAGCGAGGGCAGGGAGUGCAUGACACACAGACAGGGCAGUAGUUCGGUGAGCGGAAGCCCUGUCCCCUCCACCUCGGGGACCAGUACCCCGCGCCGUGGGCGUCGCCAGCUGCCCCAGACCCCUGCAACACCCCGCCCCCAUGUCACCUACUCCCCUGUGGUCCGUAAGGCCAUGGCCACCCCUCCUGGAGGGGUCCUGCCUCAGGGCCGCCUGCCGGCCCCAGCCCCACGACGGUUCUCCCCUGAGCCCCCUCAGGGCCCGCCUCCCCCUGCCCCCCAUGGCUCUCCCCACCAGUCCCGACAACCCCCUCCACAUUGGGGAGAUGGGAGCGGGGGCUCCCUGGAGGGCGACGGAUGCUUCUACAACCAGGACUACAAUUACGAUCGUGAGCCGCCACCACGCCACGAACCACCUGCCUACGAGCAGAGCCUUGCUCCACAGGGCAACCCACACCCCCUUACCCACCCACUACCACUGCCUCCACCCCACAACCACCCCCAGCCUCCGCCUCAGCUGCACCUGGCCGGGAACCCCCACCCACAGCCCCAGCCCCACCCCGUACCCCAUGCCCAGCCCCACCCUCAGCCCCAACCCCACCGCACUUCACCCAGGACUUCUCGCCAUGCGCCUCCGCUCAUCACGGCCAUUCCGGGCGGCCCCGGCCAGCCAACCGCGCCACGACGCCUUCCCAAUGGCUACCGCUCCUCCUCCCCCUCCUCCCACCACCACGGACCCCCCCACCCUGCGACCCACAAGAUCCCUCCGCCCCACCCCAGGGGCCCACGCAAGGGCCUGCACGAACCCUACAGCGAGACGGAUGAGGACGAGUGGUGCUAGCCUCUGGGGAACAGGGAACGAGGGAGAGGGGAGGACAGAUGAAGGGAAGGAGGGCUUUGGGAAACACAAAGCCAGAGCAUGAACUGCCGACAGGGGAAACCAAGGCAUGAUUCUUUCUUUCCUUUCUGUUGUUUUUCUUUUCUCGUUUCCUCUGCUGCUCGGUGUUUCCCAUGGAGGAAUAAAGGGGGAUGAAAAGAAGGGGACGACUGCCGAUAAAGAGGGAUCGUGGGCAAGAGGGUUUAGGAAAAUUCAUCCCCACACAACCCCCCCCCCCCCCCCCCAAAUAACAACACAGCCCAGCUGUGAUGCAAGGCAACAAACCUAACUCAAACCUAGUUUUUCAAAAUGGAGGUUGGAGAGGAGAGAUACUGCUCUCCUUGUAUCACUCCAAGCCUUCAGGAGAAAAAAGGAAAGACAGCUACAACAUUGAGGUUCAACCAGACGUGGAAAACUUCUAACCUGAGGAAGAACAACUACUUUUUUUGCUUUUUAGAACUAACUGGAGUUGCGUUAGUUGUAACCCCCCCCCCCACCACCACCACCACCCCACCCCCUCACCCCUCUCCUGCAGGGGGCAAUAUUGAUGAGUUUUAUCAUCUGUGUUUACUGUUAAUAGUGACAUCACUUGACUUUGAGCUUUCCACCUAUGUGUGGUGAGUGGGUAACUGGGGAAGGAGGAAGGGUUGAUGGGUGGAGGGUAAGGCAUCUGGACUCACCAGGAGGAGUAAGGGGGAAGAGUCAAAUGGAGAGGGAGUCAGGUUCUCCCCUUCUCCCUCUCAAAAAAAUAAAUACACACCCACCCACGCAACCAAACGCAACCAAGGAGGGAAGAAUCACAAAAGUUGAUGGAAAAGUAUUUAAAGCACACACAUGAACAUAUACACACAGGCACACACACACACACACACACACACACACAGAAACAUUUUCUUCAGUAUUUCUUCUACUCCUGCGGCUGCUUCCUCCUCCUCUACUACUUCUACUUCUUCAAAACAUGAAAGCUUGAAUCUUUUGUUGCACCUGCUCAGCUUGGUUUAGAUUUGUGGAGUUUUAAGAGAAAAAAAAACAGUGGAAUACUGCAUGAAUGAUACAAGAAAAAAUUACGUAACAAAGAGAAGCUACUGUAUGUGGGGGUAAAUGAUUCCUUGGUCUUUUCCAUAUAUGGUCUUGAGGGUUCUCUCUUUCUUCCAGUAAUGUCUUUCUCUCUCUCACUGUGUUGAAGGUCAAGUAGUGGGUAGGGAAGGCAGAGAGAUGGAUAUAUUUAUGACAGACCCACAUAAAGCCUAAUGAUGAGGCAGAAUGAUUGUCUACUUAUAUUUUGUUCUUGUUGGAAUGUUCUGUGCCAAAUGACUGCCACUGACAAGUAUUAAAAUGCACAACAUUGUUCUAAAGGAAGUCGGAAUUUUUGUAGCUAAAUUUCAAGAAGGGAAGAGGAAAGGCGUUCACAAAAUGUUGAAUUUGGUGGAAGGCAAAUAACCUAGCCUCCACUUGACCAAGUCUUCACUCCAACCAGUAUCGUCUCAUGUCUUCCAGGGUUUGAGUUUCUUCGUAAGAGAAAAAGAGAGAGAAAGGCAGAGAAAUAAGGGAACCUUUCCAUUCUUUGUUUAUUCUUUGAAAAUAUUGAUCAUGGUUCUACAGAUACCAUUGAACAACGAUAAUGAUCUUGAGGAUAACAAGGAUGAUGAUGUCCAAGCUUGUGAGAGAGAGUCUCCUUAAAUUAUGUUGUUUGAUUUGGGUUGUUUCAUAUGAGACAGUACUGCGCAUCACCAUCUUUCUCGGGUGAAAAGGUUUUGAGUCGACUAGCCAGCCAGGUGGUUGGAGCUCUGUCCCACACACAGACGCAUCUUGGAAAAGAUGUGUGCUGUUCCUCACACUAAACUCCCGCCCUCUAAGUUUGUUCACUGUUCAGCCUGUAGUUUCUCUCUGCAGGACCCUAAAUGAACUAUUUUGCCAAAGACAGUACUGUACGUUAAUACUGUAUUUGAAGCAACUGAGUGUGUGCUCUUUUGAUCACUUAUCACUGGCUACCUAAUCGAAUUAAGGAUAUACUAGUCCCUUUGGGUGUUUUCGUUAUAAAUUGAUAGAGGGCUGCUAAUGGGUAGCUAAAUGUAGCCCCUCCAGAAUUGAGGUCAUGACAAAGCCAUGAGAGAUGGGAGACAGAGUUCCACCGCCAACCCAGGCCCCUACGUGGCACUGUAGCAAUGCAUUGCAAUCCCACUCAUGCUGUUUCACCCACCCACCCCUCUCUGACCACCCACUCCCCGACCACCCACUUAAAUACUGAGUCUGAUGUUGUUGGUACCUGUGCCACUGUUGAAGCACCUCAUCUGUGUUCAGGACGUGUAACAGCCAAUCCAAUUGUACCGGAACUGUCUCACAGCCAAUCAAACUGCAUGGAAUGAACAAUGCGGGUGUUUUUCUGACAAAUGUCUCUGCCCUGUGUCGCCCUGAUCUUUCUAUGUGUGUCUCAAACACACCUAAUGUUUCCCACUCUGUCUUUCUCUUUCAAUAUUGAGACAGAACAAUUGCCACAUUGUCAUUACAUUUAGACAUGCCACGAAAAUAAUAACGAUUAUUAUUACAGAUAGUACUAGUGGAGUUACAAUACUUUGCAUUAUGAACAUCAUUGUGAUUAUUCCAGUUACUUCUAUAAUUUUUAUGGAAUUUAUUAUUUACCAUGAUUAUGGUUAUUAUUAUCAUUGUUGUUAUUGCCAAAACUACCCACACUGCACACACCUAGUGUCCAUGCUUUUCCAAUGCUAUCACAGCGUUGGAAUUAAAGAGAAGUUGGAUCUGCAUUAUCUCCCUCAAUGUAUUUGCCACACAUGACCAGAGAAUGCACAGAAUACUGCCUAACAGUGUUCUUCCUAUGUAGGAAUGUCAAAGAUGUAUAUUUGUUACAGUACUACACACAGACAAAGCAGAGAGCCUUAGAUACACGCUCAUAUGUGUGUGUGUGUGUGUGUGUGUGUGUGCGUGCGCAUGUUAAUUAUUUAUUAAACUUUGUUUUGCCUUUACAUCAUUUCAGUUUUUGUGUUGCAGUAUUUGUUUGUUUGUCUAUGGGAUUGUGAGGGUGUAUUCAAGUGUAUGUGUGUGUGUAUGUGUAGGGACAAGAGACAUGAUGUUAGUCACCCUCCAACAUAACAAGGAAAGGCCCAAACAUUACUGUCAAUAUACUGACACCAUCCAACAUCCACUAACACCUGCUAAAUAAUCUCAUAAUUACUUCAAAAGCAAUGUAGGAGCUGCAAAGGAAAAAAAGAGAAAAAAAUAAAUUUAAGUAAAAAAAUAAAAAAUAAAAAAAGGGGAAAGUAUCUACUUCCAGAACUGCAUGUGCUAUGUGCAUGCCACACCGUGGGUGAACAGUCAUCUUCAGGAAAUAAAAAAGAUGAAUAUGAAUUCAGAGAAAAAUAUAUAGAAAUAGAUUGAUGUUUUUUCAAAGCAACAUGUUUACUUUAUUUCCUUCUAUUUUUGAGAACAAAAGAGGUUGAAAAUGUAAAAAAAAAAAAAAGUGUUAAAAGAGCAUAAAGCGACUUUGAUGGGAAUCAAAGUCUGUUUAUUUCUGUUGCCAGUUGUUCACUGAAAACAUGGAGGUGAGACACAACACACACAAAUGUUCAGGACACCAUAAAGAGAGGGAACUUCUGUUUAAAAAAAGAAAAUACAGUAAAAAGAUACGGUGAAUAUUCCUUCUACUCUUGGGUUGAACCAGGAGCUAGUUAAAUCUGACCAUGUUCCAAUUUAUUCUGACUGUGGAACCUUUUAUCUCUCUCUCACACUCCCUCUCUUUUCUCUUUCUCUCUUACGCUGUCUCUUUCACUCUGUCUCACACUCAACCCUAUCUCACCGCUAUUUCUACCAGUGCAUUUUGUAAUUCCAAACAGAAUCUUCCUAAUGAAUAAAAACCAGAGAGAAUGCACACA